AUGCAACAGGAGCUGCUGCUGCUGCAGCAGCAGAAGCUUCUCCUGCAGCAGCAGCUGCAGCAGCAGCUGCUGCUAGCCAGGGGCCCCACAUCUUUGCUUCCUUCAGAGCUGCCUUCUGCUGCUGCUGCUGCUGCUGCACCAACAGCAGCAGCAGCAGAAACACCAGCGGAAGAUCCGUUACUGGCUGCAGUAGACGAACGCCGCAGCAACAGAAGCAGCAGCAGCUGCAGCAGCAGCAGCAGCAGCAGCAUCAGCAGCGGCAGCAGCAGCAACAGCAGCAGCAGCAGCAGCAGCAGCAGCAGCAGCGAUCUGUUUGUUGUGGGGAUGUAUCAGUACGAGGAGACCACCAAGCUUCGGCGGGGUGGACUUUCUUUCUUUAGCCUGCAGCAGCAGCAGCAGCAGCAGCAGCAGCAGCAGCAGCAGCAGAAUGCAGCAGCAGCAGCAGCAGCAGCACCAUCGGACCGGCAUCAGCAACAGCUGUAG